CACCGACUAGGCUACUUCCGUAACGGCAGCAUUUAUCUCUCCCCCCAUUUACCACAGCUCGCCACAAGUGUCCGCACGAUGUAUGCCAAGAUAUUGGUUCACAUCUUCCUAUUUCUGACCCUUGUGCUGGCUGAAGAGGCUUACUCUGGCAACCACAGUUUAAUCAUCUAUGUUACGUUUGCACCGGGUCAUGGAUACUUACCAAUGUACAGUUCUUAUGGACUACUCGACGACUACAGAGUCUUCAGCUACGACAGCACUAAAGGGGACAUCUCCAGUCCCUUCAGGGACCAGGCCUCUCUCUCAAAUGUGUGGAGGGACCUUCAACACUGCACUGCCUUUAAGACCGACUACUUUAAUCACUUCAUGAGGCAAGCGAACGCAUCCAUUGGAAUACAUGGUCCAAUUCUUCAGCUGAUGUACGGUUGUGAAUUGAGCCAAGAUAACAAAAUGAAAGGAGUGUACGAGUUCUCUGUCAAUGGGAAAUACACCCUGUCAUUGGACCAUGACAAUACACACUGGACCACACACCUUCCUCAAGCAAAAGACAUCAAGAAGAUCCUCGACGGAUUUAUACUGUGGAACAAGAGUAACCAAAUAUAUAUGCAACGUGACUGUGUUCCUCGUCUGAAACAGUUUUACAUGCACAGUGUCACGACUAUUCACCGCCAAGUUUCUCCAGAGGUAGUCAUCGCCCCCAGCGCUGAAGGCCCAGACACGCUCACUUGCGUGGUCACCGGGUUUUACCCAAAGGACAUCACGGUUGAGUGGGCCCUGGAUGGGGAGCCUGUUUCCUUUAACGUGCUGUCCACGGACGUCUUGCCCAAUCACGACCUGACCUACCAGAUACGCAAAACUCUCACAGUCUCAGCUCCCGAAGGCAAUUACUCCUGCAAAGUGGAACACCGCAGUCUACCCCAACCUUUGGUCAUCCACUGGGGUAUGUUGGGGUUGCAUAAAGCCCAGAAUGCUUCUACAAUAAUCACUAUCCAUGUUGGUUCAUGAUGUGUUACUUGUAGCUCAGCUGGUAGAGCGAGGUGCUAACCACACCA